CUACGCACAGCUCUCACUGGUAAACCCUGCGUGAUGUAAAAUGCGCAGUAACAUAUUCUUCACAUUCAAAUCAAGUUUCCGUUAAAUAUUAGGAAUUUCGAACUUUAGCACAAAAAUUGCCUUUCAUAAGCGCUUUCUUCAAAUUUUUCUGCUUUCACUGAAGUUUUUUUUAUACUUACUAACUGAUUCUCUGGCAUUAGGGACGUCAGCCUUCAUUGCUAAAAAUCCCAAUAUACCCAUUUCAGCUGUAAUAAUUUGAACUUUAGUAAGCUUUGAGAAACACAGAGUUUGGAUAGCUGGAUCAAAGAAAAUGAAAAAUGUAAUUUAUAUUUACUUCUUAAGAAACCAGGUUGUUGUGGGAAUAUUAAUACACAAAUGAAAAGAUUUUAACUUUUCUUAAAAUACACAAUUUAGUAGCCAUUUUAAUUGUCUUAGAAAUAAAAAUUCUUACAAAUAUCGCCUUUUAAAAAUCAAUUGACCAUUCUUAAAUGAAUCCUUGAUCAUGCCUUGCUGCAAUGUUCCGGAGUUGAAACCUUAUAUAAAUAAUGUUUCUAUUGAGAUUCUCGCUGAAAAAGAAAAUUCACAUCCCCAUCCUUCAGUUUAUAUCAAUAAAGAGAUUCAUUCUACUGAUCCUUGUGGAGGAAAACUCACAAAGAACAAGUGUUCAAUUAGGCACAAUCUUUUAACUGAAAACACUUUCAUAUGUGAUCUAUGCCAUAAGUCAUUUUCUAAAAAAAGUGGAUUUGAAAGACAUUAUCGUACUCACCUCAACAUAAAACCUUUUAAGUGUAGUGAGUGCUCCCAUUCAUUCGCUUCUAAUAGUCAUUUAAACAGACAUAUUCUGAUUCAUACUAACGAAAGGCCUUUUGCUUGUGAUGUGUGUUACAAAGCAUUUAAUCAAAAGGGCAGUUUAGAGCUACAUUUGAGAACACAUUUGGACAAAAAACCAUUCUCAUGCCAACUAUGUAUCAAGACAUUUACUCGAAAAUCUGAUUUAAGAAUCCAUUGUUUUCUUCAUGAAGAAGAAAAAUCUUUCCAGUGCGACAUAUGUUCUAAAACAUUCGCCCAGAAAGGUAGCUUAAGAUAUCAUCAACGCGUUCAACGUUGUGAAAAAUCUGUCGUUCUCAAUUCUAACGUAAUAAAAUCUGGCAAAUUGCCAGAAAAAAUUUCUCUUGCUUGUGAAUUUUGUGAAAGAACCUAUUCCUGUAAAUCUAGUUUGAAAAGGCACUAUCGUCAUCAUACAAAAGAAAGGCCUUACUCUUGUGAAAUAUGUAAUAAAGCCUUUUCUGUGAAAAACACUUUAACUAGACAUUAUCUUACUCAUACAAAAGAAAGAUCUUUUAUCUGUAGUAUUUGUAACAAGGCAUUUCCACGUAAGAGCAACCUUAAGAGACAUUAUCUUGUUCACACUAAGGAGAAACCGUUUGCUUGUGAUGUAUGUGAUAAAGCAUUUUCUCAAAAGGGCGAUAUGAAGAGGCAUAAACUCCUUCAUUUGAAGAAAGAAAAUAGUAUGAAUAGAAACUGAGAAAUUUUUAAUCAUUAUAUUUACAUCAUAUAUCACAGAAACUUAUUUAUGAUCUGAAUGUGUACUUAUGAUCUGAAUGUCUGGUUAUAUGUUUGUUUAUAAUAUACAAAAUAAAGAAGGCAUUUUGUACUUUUCACAUCAGUUUUGAAUU